GGAAAGCACAAUAUCAAUAGUUUGCAUAAUAGCAAUAGUUUGUCUUCGUUUUAGUAAAAGCUCAAUAUCAAUACGUUCUUUGUACAGGAGACGUACGCGGUAAUGUAUUGCAUCAUUACCGAGUUACGAACUGACAGCUGGAGCCGAAUAAGCGACGAUGACGACUACGGUGGUGCCGUCCUCUUCUCCGGCAUCGAGCAGCCGCCCAGUUGGACUCUCCAAAGGUCCGAGCACGCAGAGGAUCCACAAGCUAGUGGCGGUGCCCGGGUGCAAACCCAACAUGCUCAACGAUCUGCUCCUCCUACGGCCCGGAAAUGGACACGAUUCACAAGCAGAGAACACAAGCAAUAACAAGCAUGUGGUGUUUUUCCACGGGGACAUUCAGAACUUCCAGGAGGAGAUGUCCUCGGAGCCGGAGUGCGCCCAGUGGCUGCCGUGGAGUCUGGAGCAGGUGGGCGUCACGCUGGGCCGCCGCUUCCCUGGGCACCACGUGUGGGUGGUGCGCGCCUCCCGCAUGUACCUGCACAAGUUCAGCAGCUACCGCAACUUUGUGGAGAGCAACAUGUUCGGCGCCCCGGAACACGCCCCGUACUCGCCCAAUGGUGGAGCACUUCGCCACCUCAGAUCUCUGCUGAUGCACGGGAUGGAGCGAGCCGGCCUGCCAAACACCAUCAGGCCUGCGGGAGGCGGCACCGGGACCCCCGCCAGGUUCUCCCUGACUCUGGUGGGUUUCAGUAAAGGCUGCGUGGUCCUCAACCAGGUGGUGUAUGAGCUGGCCGGUGCCCUGGCGGACCCGCACCUGUCGGACUUUGUCGGAAGCCUUUCGGACAUGUUCUGGUUGGAUGGCGGCCACCCAGGGGGGAGCGAGACCUGGGUGACGGACAGAAGACUGCUGGGCCAACUGGCCACCAGCGGGAUCGGGGUCCACGCCCACGUGACGCCCUAUGAGGUCCGAGACCCCAUGCGGGCCUGGGUGGGGCGAGAGCACGCUUCUUUCGUGAAGACCCUGGAGGAGUUUGGGGCACGUCUGUAUGACAAACUCCAUUUUGAGGACGAACCACCGUCCAUAGAAAACCACUUUAGGGUCAUUCAGGAAUUCUGAGCCCUUUUUAAUCUUUCUACUGAAUCUAUACGUCGGGAUCUUCUGGGUAUUUAUCUGGAUCUUUUAAUUUAUAUUAAUGGAUCUUAGUGAAUAUGUCUGGUUCUCUGUGUGUACACGUCUCGGUACUAGGCUAUACAUCUGGUGGAACGAUAGAUGGGUGAUGCUAAAUUGCCUCAAAGUGUGAACAUUUUGAGGAUUCAGCAUGGAAAAAGGGGUUGCAAGGGUAAGCUUUAAUUCCUUUGGUUUUGUUGGAAAUAGCGCCUUCCCACAGUGGAAAGUUGUUUUUCCAGGCACCUUACUUAGAAUGACGCAUUUUGACCCAUUUUUAAAAAUAAUAAAUAAAAAAAAUGUUCCCUGUGUUUUCAUUUAAAUUAUAGGCUGUGUGCGCACGAGACUUUCUCCAUUUAAACUUGCAUUCGUGAUCAGCUAUGUUUACAGGCUUUGAAACCACACUGGUUGACUUGUCUUAGUCCUUCAGUUUAGAUUGUACGACUGAUUAUGAGGUCAACAGUAGACUGAAUAGACUGAAAGCGUGUUAUUCUUGUCUUCUUUAGUUCUAGUCUGGUGGUGUGUUCAUUUGAAAGGAGCUAUGAAUGUGUACUCAUUGGAAUUCCAUGUCAUAUUUCCCACUAUCGCUGCACUAUGACCAUGGCGGUCACGAUUGUUGAACGUCGCAAAGCUAAUCAUUCCAUUUUAUGGCCAUGUUCAAAGAUCUUAGAGGAAUGUGAAAAUUAAAAUACUCUGUUGCGGGUCAAAUGGACCCUUUCAAGAAGAAAUAUUGAAGAAAAUGUAAAGAAAUAAAGAUAAUUGCAUUAAA